AGAAAUCGUGAUUUUACUCUACGCUCACUUUUAAUCUUACUUCAAUAUCGUGUUGAAUUUACGAUGGUUAUUCACAUCGUUAUAAAAGCGUCAAAUCAAAUGGUACCUGAUGUACCGAUUGUCUGCCAAGAUGACUGGACAGUUCAUCGAUUGAAAGAAGAGAUAUGUUCGGAGUAUCCGACGAAGCCUACUGUCGAAGAUCAGCGUCUUAUAUUUGGUGGAGCUUUUCUUACUGACGAUUCUCCUCUGGCUGAAGUGUUCAAGCAAAAACACAUUGGCGCCGAACCAGAAGAACCUCUAUCAGCUCACACCAUUCAUCUGGUAUUGAAUCAUGAUGUUGCCUCGCGUGUGAAAAUUGUUCCUGAAGUCAGAGCGAAGAAACCAAGUAAUGAUCCAUUGGUGGUCAGUGAAGAUGGCUUGCGUAGACGCAUCAACUCGUCUGGUCCCGAAGCCUAUGAAACUCGUCCUGCAGGAGCUGCACGAUUACCCGCCUACCAAAAUGAAGCAGAAGCCCGAGCUGCCUACAACGCUGUGAUGUCAUGGUACAUGGUCCACUAUCGCCCAUACUAUGACUGGUAUUGCCAGACUUACUACGGCGUCCCUUUGCCGCCGCCACCAACAGGGGGAGCUGCAUCAACACCUGGAGCAGCACCGCCUGAAAGCCCACCGAACCCUGAACAGCCACCAAGGAACGGAAACAACCAGCAAAUGCGAAUGGAUGCCCAGGGAAACGCGUUUUUUGCCGACGACGACGACGAAGACAAUGCUCGGGAAUGGGACGUUUUGGACUGGAUCUACACCAUUGCCCGCUUCGGAGUGUUUUUGUCUAUUGUGUAUUUUUAUUCUACCAUGACUCGAUUCGGGGUGAUUGUGUGUUUGGCGUUGUUGCUGCAGUAUUUACACGCCAGGUUGAGGAGGGACAAUCGUAGGCAACAGAGGAACGCUGCUGAUGCACCAGCUAGGCAAGAGAAUGAACAACCUCAACAACAGCCUGAACCCAGGCCCAGUGAGCCACCGAAUGAGCAAACUGAGAGUGAAAAUGUGGCCGAGGAAGAGGAAGCACCGAGGGGCAUUUUUGCCAUUUGGGCUUUCGUGUACGCUUUUGUCUCCUCAAUUUUUCCCGAGGUUCCUGCAAACUGAGGUUUUUUGUUGUUUUUAUGCCAGCGGUGAUUGCCAGUUACAGUAAAAUUGUACAGGCUCGACGAAGAGGAUCUAGCUUUCAGUUUUUUAGACAUUUGAUGGGAAGGAAAUUGAUGCUGUAAGAAACACCGAAAUUAGUGGAAUGUAUUUGUGGUGCAAAAAAAAAAAAAAAGUUGCCUCCUGUCCUGUGUUUGCCUCCAUGCUGUGGGUCUUGGUUGAAGUGAUGUUUCUGGAAUAUUCAAUUGGGAGUGCUAUGAAAGCGUUUGUCUUCUAUGAAUUUUUUUAAAGAUUUUAUUUCUCUGCUUGAGGGUGAAAAAGGCGGCACAGAUUCAUGGCAACUGGACUCUAGUCCUUAGUUUCAUACACAAUUGUGUGUUCCACGCAAUAAAGCAAUUUCUGGUCUUGGCAAACAUGAUCUCAUUAAUUGAUAUCCAGCACCACCACUCAAGUAUUUACAAUUUUAUGAGUAAUUUUGAAUGAUUUACAAGAGCAUCUGUCUACUGGUUCCUCAACCUACAAAUAACUGCCUGACAAAUUUCAUGAAAUGCGAGAUCUUAAUUUAUCUGAAAUUUUAUUCUUGCCUG